AUGCGGCGUGUUCUCCUCACCUCGAGUCAAGUGUCCAUGCUGGCCACGGCCUCUAUGAUCCUUCUUUGUGCAAGCGCCCUCUUCCUCAGUGGUUACGCCAUUCAGCAGCGGACUUUGCGGGAACUACGAGCAGCUAUCCGGCCGCGCCAGUCUCCCAAGGCGCAUCUACCCGAAGAGUUCAGGGGAGCCCUCGCGGAUCUAGACGAAAGCUCGCUGCUUGUGAUUGAAACAGAGGCGCAACGAUGGUCUAGGGAGGCUCGUGAAUUGGCGUCGCCCCAGAUCAAGGUAUCGGAUGCGGAGAUUCAGGUGGAGGAGACUCCGGUAGAGUCUAAGUCGGAGCCGGAACCGGAGCACAAAGAGGAGGAACACAAGGAAAAGAAGGUAGCCGUGCCUGAUGGCGAGCCGACAAAGGAGCAACUGGCAAUGCUUGCAACAAUCCAGAAGAGCGUCAAGGACAAGUCCUGGGCUGUGGAACACCCCGAUCCGCUGGCUAAGAACAAGGCCCCGAUUUCAGCAGCAGAGCGCCGCAGGUUGAUUAAGGAGGAGAUUAAGAAGCUGGCCCAGUCAGAAAAGCCCGUCUACUACCAGAGAAGGCUGUGGUAA